GUAAACCUUAGGACGAACCACUUUUUCUCCUAGUGGAAUAGUUAUGAAGUCUAUAUUGCUUUGCGUGUUUGUUACAUUUGCCUCUUCGACCUCACAAACCUCUGUGGAAAAGAAACUAACGGAUAUAUUAUUUAGGUUAGAAAUGCUUGAAAAGGAAAAUAUAGAGAAAGAUGAGGUGAUCGCCAGUCUUCUUGAAAAGACCAAAUAUUGCCCAACUAGCUAUUCUACUACUGGAAAUGAGAAUCACACCAUGGAGCGUACAGAGAGAGGUAUUUCAAACCCAAUGACUGUUGGACUUCCGGCCGCUUUCCACGCCCGGUUGUCUCAUGACGUUCAUAAUGUUGGAGUUGGUUAGCCUAUUGUCUUUGACCUCGAAGUGGUUGAUACAACUAACUCCUACGAGCCACUUGAUGGCAUUUUUACUGUGCCAGUGAACGGAAUUUAUGUCUUCUAUUGGAACCUUUUGACCAAUCAGGCCUCGGGAAUGGAUACCACAUUAGAUUCCUCUCACGGGCCUCUCGGAUUUGGUUUCGUCAGUCACGCUGAUAAUUGGGAAAACGGAGGAAACUUAAUAAUUACAAGGUUGACUUCUGGAACGCAUGUCUGGGUAAAGAAGGCGGAUAAAUAUGGUGAUUUCUUGCACGAGAGAUUUUCAACAUUUUCUGGUUAUCUUCUCUCCGAAUCAGAUUAAUGAAUAAUUUGUAUCAAAUAAAAUAUUUUGAACAUUUGA